CCAAAUUUCAUCUAUUGUUCCAGUAAAUAACCUUUGGGUUCAACUUGGUAUAACUGAGUCAAUAGACAAUCCUUCUGUAAGAAGUAGUUCUCAUACGAAUUUUUAUCUAAUAAAGAAAAGAAGAGAAAAAUAUGAUGAUUACAAAAAAAAAUUCGAUACUGCAUUAUCCUUAUAUGACCGAGAGAUAAAUAAUUACAAUUUUAUAAAUAGUUUCGAUACCUUGGUAAAGCCAUUUUUGAAUGAAAUAGGCAAAUGCGAAGAAGCGUUACAAAUUCGCCACCAACAGG